AUGGUCAUUGCAUCAUUUCAUCAUAUCAAACUUCCUGUUGCACAUGAACGCAAAUUACAACAGAAACAAACUGCCACAAAAAAAAAAAAAAACCCCAUCAUUGACUUCCUCAGUCGUCUACAGAGAUUGUGGUGCUCCAAGUGCUUCAUUUGCCAAAGCGUCCUACUGAUUUUCAACCAUAUCAGUCAAUCAGCGAGGCUCAACCGUCAAGGAAGCAUCAAAAGAGACACAAUGAACAACAUCAGCUGUAACAACAUUGACUUCAGCUCUGACCAGACCUUUCUCUCUGUGCUCUACGGCUUUGUCUUCUGCAUUGGCUUGCCCACCAACUGCCUGGCCCUCUACGGGCUGUACCGCCUGGUGAAGACUGACAACGCCCUUCCUGUCUACGUCAUCAACCUGCUCUUAUCAGACCUGCUGCAGAUCAGCAUGCUGCCACUCUGGAUUGACUACUACAGCCACGGCCACGUGUGGCGCUUCGGGGUGACCUCUUGCAAUUUGGUCGGCAGCGUAUUCUACAUCAGCUUGUAUGUGAGCAUCUUCUUCAUGUGCUGUAUCGCCCUGGAGAGAUACCUGGCCAUCGUCCAUCCGUUCUUCUUCCAAAGCAUCCGAGGCUUGCGUUUUGCUUGCUUGUUUUCACUAGCGGUGUGGGUGCUGGUUACUAUACCGCCCUCUGUGGCUUUAACACUCCUGUUCAAAGAAAAUGGCAGCAGCCAUUGCUUGGAAAGUUACCCCUCCAAUGCGAGUUUUAUCACCUACCGGUUGAUCACCUUGGUUUUUUCCUUUUUCCUGCCGCUGGCUUUCCUGGUUUUCGUGCACGUCAGGACCCAGAGGACCCUUUCUGCCGUUCUUUUAGUGCCAGAGGAAGAGAAGAAGCGUAUCAAAGGCUUGCUGUCGCUGGUCUUGCUCAUCUUCGUGGUGGUGUUUGGCCCGUAUCAUCUGAUAGGCUCCAUCAAGUACAUUGGGCUGAUUGGACACCAGUGCAUGUGCGACUUCGAGGCUAAGAUUUUUAUCUAUUACCAGGUGGGAAGGGGUUUGCUCAGCUUGAACAGCCUGUUGGAUCCCAUCAUGUAUAUAUUCCUCAGGAAAGAUGUCCGGAACCACAUGUUGCAUUUUUUUCCUUGUCUUCAGAGGGUGGCUGGAUUGAUGAACUGUCAGACAAGCAGGUCUUCUAGACAGACAGAGUCGAGUUCUGCAACCUACAGUGUGACUCAGGCGUAGACUUGCUGGCAAUGUUGAGACCAGAGUGUUGCGACUGCAGUAGUGAUGGAGCAGAACUGGAAGAGACACCAUGAAUGUUGAUGGCAUGCUGCAGUUAAUCAAUGAAUAAGUGGGCCGUUUAUCGCUACGCUCGUGAGAGAAAUACCCACAGCACUCUCUCACUGUGUAUUCUGCAUGUUCAAAUCUCCAUUUAAAGGCUACAAUCAGAGAAUUAAUUAGUGUGCGCACCUGCUUAACAAUGCAGCAUCAUUUGGAACAGAAUCGUUGGCUUUGAAUGAAUACUAAAACAUGAAUUCAGUGGCAAAAAGGUUCGACUAGAAAUCAUUUUCAAGAUUAGAAGAUAUUGAAAAGACUUCUUGUCUAAAUGUUUGUCAUUGAAUUGACUGCUUAAUAGAUCAUUUUGAAUGAAGGAAGAUUGAUUCCAAAAUGGUAACAAUAUAUGAAAACAUUAUCUAGAUCCUUCAAUGCUUGUAUACAUGUGCACUGUCAGUCUGUUUCUCUGCCAUGUGAUACAUCUUUAUGCUAUAUUUAAUUGUUGUUUUUUUGAAUAAGCAGUUAUAUGUCUGGAGAGACAUAUUAUAAUGCCAUCAAAAUAACUUUCAGGAACUCUGUUUUAUAUCUUUACAAACUUUAAAAAAAAUCUACUAAUCAAACAUGUUUUUAAUGAUAAAUAACGAAAAUUAAACAACAAUGUUCGUGUCUUUGUAUUAGCAUUAUGAGCUGCAUUGUAAUUUAUGAGAAACCUCACAGUUUUAAUCCACCAAUGCGAAAGUUAAAUUGCCAUCCCUAUUUUUAAAAAAAAUAAUAAUAAAAGGAAAGAAAGCCAAAACAUGGAGGAAAACAGAUCUGUUGAUUAAAUAUUAAUGAUGUUUAGAAUAAAAAAGACGCUGUUUACCAAUUCUGAAUCGCACUAAACCCUGAUUAUCGUGCAUUACCCUCAUGUUUCAUGUACCGUAUUUUUAUUAUAUCAAAUUUGUGAUAAUUUGUAAAUAACCUUUUAUUUUU